GGCAAUAAUAGCCGCACAUAUCGCCCAUCACAUCAUCGUUUGUCCGCCAGAGGCGAAGAGGGGAAACAGAGUGACGUUUAGAUCUUGCCCCUGCCCGGAGCUUUGCCUUGGUUUUGGAGUAGCGCGCGCCGCCGCCGCCAGCUCCGCAUCGUGGGGUGCAUUGUGCCAGUCGAAUUCGGUUCCCACGAAGCUCUCGUGUCGGCCCUUGUUCCCUGUCGGGCUCUGAUUGCACGCCCACCGACCGGCAGCUCGGGCUCAGUGGCUGCCGUGAUAGUGAGCCGUGUCAGCUUGCCAGCUCACCGCCGGCCAUUUGAUAUUUACUGGCCAAGCUCUGCCUGCUCGCCGGCCUCCCUCUGGCACGUCGUGCUGUUCGACUCUUGCUCAUCUGGACGUUGUCUAGUCACGAAGCAACGUCUGCUCGCAGACUGUCAACGUUACUUGGGGCUGUUUGGCUGCGUGCUCCCUCACCGCUUACUGGAACGCCGGCACUUGGAGCACAUCGUCAACAUCAUCAUCCCGUCAAGACAGAUCCAGAGCCGCCCCGUUGAUCGUCGCCAGAACCAAUUCGGGUGCGGUCUUGGUGCAGAGGUCUUGUCUUGGCACAGCAAUCUCGUGCAGCCUACCAAGAGCGCGAGCGACCAAAACAACAGCCCGCGAGAGACGAAACCUGGCCGGCCCACUCUUGCGUAGAGUGAAAAAAGAGACAGAAAAAGAGCAAUAAAAGGUGGAAAAAGCACAACCAGAGCUCGGCCCGUUUCCCUCUCGCGUACCGAAACGUCAAACUCCAGACCCAGCCCCAUGUUUUCACUCGCAGCCUGCCCAGCGUGCCCGCCCGAAACAAUUGCGUAGCGCCAGCCAACCAAAGAACGACUCCACUUUCUGACCGCAGCCGACCGGGAGUGGAAACAAAGACGAGCCAAAAACGAGCCAAAGGCGCUUACAGUCUGGUCUCCCUUGCCUUCAGCUCGACAAUCCAUCGACGGAGGCCGCCAGGAGAAGCCCAAAGUUGCAAGGUUGCCACUCAGCUCCGCGCAUUGCAUUGCCGCCCGUGCUCUACGGGGACACUGGGGAGCGUGAGGGAACCGGCAGAGACAAUUGUCUUGCAGACUCUGCCUAGGGCCUGUGCUUCAUUUCAUUCAGCCUUUUGAAUUUCCCCGCUGCCCUCGCCGACUUGAAUCCCUCCUGGCCUCCCCAAGCCAUUUAAGGCUGGCGCAGCCCUCUGAUCUCCUCGCUUGGGCGCCCACGAGCUAGAGCCCCUUUUCUUCCCGCCCCUCCAUUACUUUCCAGUCUGCUCGCAGCGCCCCCGUCGAGGCAGGCAGGCAGGCAGCCAGCCAGACGAUGCUAGAGUCCCGCAUCGGCGGGCGCCAGCGUCCUCUUGAGCCCGUCUACACCCGCUCGAGAUCCCGAACGACGUCGUCCAACACUUUCCCCAACCUCCAGGCGCCCCAGCCGACCAUGCAGGUGCACCUCUCGCAGCCCCAGGGCGGUCCGCAGUUCCACCCCUCGCGCCGCUCCCCGAGCGUCAACACCUUCUCGUCGCACUCGUCGGGCGGCGGCACCAUGGUGCCGCCCGCCGCGUACCGCACGUCGCCGCCCGCCCACGCCGACCACCUGCAGCGCAGCACCUCGAACCGCUCCGCCGGCGCCUCGUCCGUCUACCCGACCUCGUCGUACGUCGCGCUCCUGAGGAAGCAGAAGGCGACGGUGUGGUCCGAGCGCGCACAGCCCGAGGACCCGCGAAUGGUCCAGGCCCAGCGCGCCGCAAAGAUGCGCGCAAAUCUUGAGGUCACAGGCCGCAGCGACGCUACCUCCGCAGUGUCCUGGAACACCGCCGGCGGCCCCAACGCCACCGGCUCCCGCACCGGCACCGGCCUCAGCUCUGCUGGCAACAAGGUGGCCGCCAAGAUCAGGCAUCACGGCAAGCCGGGCGUGGUCGGCUACUCGCCCGACAACAGCUACGCCGCCGGCGUCGGCGGCGUUCCCCUGCGCCUGAGCGCCACCGAGGUCGAGGGCGGCGACAGCGAGGACGAUGACAAUGGGCCGGGCCAGCAGCAGCAGAACCGCAUGUCCCACCACCGCCGCACGGGCAGCUCGGGCCGUUCCAGCACCGCCUCCAUCCGCCUGCGCCAGCAACACGGCGGCUCCAAUAGCCUGACGUAUCGCUCGUCGGGCGGGCUCGGCUCCCUGGGCAGCGCCGCCGGCCGCCGCUGGUCGCCCGGCGAUACGCCCGAGAGGCAGGACAGCCUCGGCGGGGGUGCGAACCCCGAGGUCCUGUCGCGGCCCCGCCCGGUGCCGACGACGACUCGGGCGGCCGCGCCCGCAGCUUCGCCAGCGGCAGCAGCGCCGAGCGCGCCGACAACGUGCCCGACAUGUCCGCCCCGCGCGCCGGCGGCUCGGGCCCGGCCAACAAGAGCGCCCUCAACGCCGCCCUGACGCGCGAGAAGAGCACAAAGAACGUCGACGAGCUGAAGCGCCGCGGCAGCGUUGACGAGCGCACAAUGACCCUGACUGGCAGCGCUGGGAGGCUGUUUAUUGCUAACCCUGAUUGAACAGACUUUUUUUUCCGACGACUUGUUUCAUCUUCCGUCUGUCAUUCAUAAUUUCCACAUAUCUACCCACUUCUCUUGGUCUUGGUUGGUUCCUAUCUAUCAACCUGGCCACGUUGGUUUGUCUCGGAUAAAAAAAAAAGCCUUUGACCAGUUGCCAUGUCAUUACCCGUGGCUUGUCAUCUUCUUUUUAUCUGCCUGUUCGUGUGUUUUUCUUCCGUCUUUAUGGAGGAUUUCUGUGUUGGGAAAAAGACGAUACCCACCUUCGCUUGUCAGAUUUCUGUUUCGAUCAAGUUCCUCAUCUCCUUGGUCUUUGUGAGGAGUUUCUUUUUCCGCCUCCUUGUAUUCUCUUCCCUCGUUCAUGUCGCGGAUGCCCAUACGGGCUUCACGUUUCCAUUUUUCUCUCGGUUUGUCGUGGCCACUUGCAACAACCUACACAGAUGCAUUGGGUCGGCGUUCUUCUGCGCUUCUUUGGGGAAUACCCGGCCUGGGAUGAUUCUGCUCCCAGGGCCAAAAACUCUCGCUCCGGUCUAAUAUGCCAAAAGCUUUUCCUUCCUUGGUGACCCGGCCCGCUGUGACUCGUGAC